CUGUUAUGUCUGAAGUUCCCCCGGAACGGGUUCUGCCAGAAAGUAUUUUCUCCGGCGUCUGACGUUCGUCGUGGAUCGAAAUACCUUGAUACAAAGUCGUUGACGUUUAGUGCCUCUUGACAGACGGUUCAAUUUGUGGUUUGUUCCGCGGACAUUAGAUUAACAGCCGGUGCUCCAUGUUGAGUAGAGUUGUUUUAUAAGGCUGUGGCGAGGCGAUUCUCGACCUGUGCGUGUGUCUCUCGCAUAAGAUCCGUCGCCUUGUGCUUUGUGGACGACACUCGACAUAUCGACGCAGGCGUCUGUGAACAGCGACUAACCAGCUACUCGAGCUGACUAGCUAGCAGCCGAGCUAAUUCUGGGUUCAACGUUCGGCUCGGUUCCAUCCACAUGAGUGUGUCCCUGGUUGUGAUUCGUGUGGAACUGGCCGACCAGUCUCCUGCUCCUGCCAAUUUCCAGUAUUCCGCUGUUGAAGGGAUGUCUGAGGAGGAACUGCAAGACAAAUCUUUAGGUUUGGCCAAACUGGCUCUGAGCAAGAAGACGGAUCUGGAACGUGCAGCAGUGCUUCACCAGCACAUUGGAAGUCGAGCAAUGGGAGACAUGGUGAUCGAGACAUUUGUCCCUGAACCAGGGAGUGGUGACGACUCCGAUGGUCCUUCUGAGCAACAGGCAGAUACCCAGGGUGGUGCGGCAUCCAAACCACUGCCUGAGCAAAUAUCAUUUUACAGUGGGAAUCCCUGUGUUGAGAUCAUCCACGGCAUCAUGCACCUCUAUAAAACCAACAAAAUGACGUCUUUGACAGAAGACGUUUGCCGCAGCGCUAUGGUGUGUAUCCUGGCUGUUCCCGCCACAAUGACCAGCCACGAUCUCAUGAAGCUCAUGGCUCCUUUUAAUGAUGUUAUGGAACACAUGAAAAUCAUACGGGACUCCACGCCUAACCAGUAUAUGGUUCUCAUUAAGUUCAGCACACAGGUAGAUGCAGACAAUUUUUAUAAAACCUGCAAUGGCUGCCAGUUUAACUCCAUUGAAGAUGCAGUGUGUCAACUUGUCUACGUGGAACGAGCCGAGGUCAUUAAAUCUGAACAGGGUGCCAGUUUACCUGUGAUGGAGCUGACUGAGUUGCCAAAGUGCACAGUGUGUCUGGAAAGGAUGGAUGAGUCGGUCAACGGCAUCCUCACCACCCUCUGCAACCACAGUUUCCACAGCCAGUGUUUGCAGCGUUGGGAGGAUGCUUCAUGUCCUGUGUGCCGCUACUGUCAAACUCCAGAACCUGUCGAGGAGAACAAGUGCUUUGAGUGUGGCGUCCAGGAGAACCUGUGGAUUUGUUUGAUCUGCGGGCACAUUGGCUGCGGUCGCUACGUGAGCCGGCACGCUUACAAACACUUUGAGGAAACUCAGCACACAUAUGCAAUGCAACUGUUGAACCAGCGUGUCUGGGACUACGCUGGAGAUAACUACGUUCAUCGUCUGGUGGCCAGCAAGACUGAUGGGAAGAUGGUACAGUAUGAAUGUGAAGGAGACACCUGCCAGGCAGAGAAAAUGGAUGCACUUCAGCUAGAGUACUCUUACCUCCUAACAAGUCAACUGGAGUCCCAGAGGAUUUACUGGGAGAACAAGAUUCUUCACCUGGAGAAAGAGACUGCUGCAGAGAGAAACAACAUGAAAGCCAAAUUUAAGGAGACUUUGGAGCGCUGUGAUAACUUGGAGCAACGGCUUGGUGAAUUAGUCAAAGAUAAGCAGGGAUUAGAGAAGAAGUGCUCGCAGCUGAACAGCAGGGUGACCAAGUUGAGUCAGGAGCUGAAGGAAGAGCAGGAGAUGAAUCGUUGCCUUCGAGACAAUCAGACCCAGCUGCAGUCUCAGCUCUCUGAAGAAAAACGCAGAACAAAAGAAAUAAGAGACACAAAUGAAGAAACCAUCACCGAGCUGCAAGAGCAGCUGAGAGACAUGAUGUUCUAUCUGGACGCACAAGAGAAGAUCGAGCGGCUCCCUCCAGAGGCGCGGAGUGAAAUCCAGGAGGGAGAGAUCAACAUUGCUGAAGGAGAGGCGGAGGGAGGAGCAGCGUCUGCCAUCAGAGGCAGGAGAAGUCGCGGCAAGAGAAGGAAGUGAAGGAGAAGUUAUCUCCCGAAAAACACCACCAAAUCAAACCCGUAUCCUGAGGAAUGUCAAACAAAAUUUCACCUGUGCUUUUCCCUGAUGAAAGAAUGUUUUAAUGUUUCUUUGUUUGACCUCUGGUCCUUAUUUAUUUCAUGCCUGUUUGGCAGAAAAUAUAUUUUUCCC